CUACUGGGUUCGGCUUCCACUCUGAUCAUGAAAGCCCCAAAGGUCUCUGUACUGACUCGGAAAUUGAAGCUGCAGUUCAAGAUAUUUUAAAGUGGAGCGCUGAGAUUUCCUGGAUCCGAGAUCUUCCUUGUGAAAUUUCAAACAGUCUCAAAAUGACUCCUUUAACGGUCUCACCAGCGAGAAACCUUUCUGCCUCUAGCACUCAUCAUGGGCGACCAAAUCGAUUUUGCAUUCCGAAGACUCCAGCCGUCUAUCUUACUCCUCCAUGCUGAUAUUCCUCAUGUCAUCUGGGGUCAAGAUGCAGUGGAAUUUUGCUUCGGUGGUCCCUUCAAUUUCUAUGACGAGUUGGAUCUUCAAAUCCUCCUCCCGCCUUCAAAAAUCCAAGAAGCGGUAAAACUCCUAGCUCCGUCGUAUUCUACCAUGACAUGCGACGACAUUGAUGAAGAGAAGAUGACGGUCGACAAACGUUUGGCUUGCGUCGACUACACACUCGCUUUCCGUGAUCGUCCGGACGACUUUGUACGAUUGAAGCUAUUGCGGCAAAACACCGAUACAGUCCCUUCUCAUGUCCUCCUCAUAUCCAACACAAUCUUUGAUUACCCCCUCGAUGAUGUCGUACAAGUACCCCUCCCUCUCUGCCCGGAUCUCCCAUUCCCUUCGGUGCCAGCAAUCGUCGGUCUGAUGCCCGUUCACAUACAGAAGUGGUUUAAGGCUGGCUUUUCUCGACAAAGCUUGUCCUUCAUCUGCGCGUGCAGGACUCUUUUGGAGAGUGCUAUCGAAUUCUCCUUCUGUGAAGAGUUGGACACAGUAUUUUCAGAUGUUGACCAGCUGCCGACCAGGCUGAAAGAGAUGAUCUGUGGACUCGACGAGCACCAGAAGACUUAUGUCUACGAUUUUUUCCCCAUAGGAGAGCCUGGUGGGUCAUCUAGCGACUCUGAUGGCGACAUUGUCUGGCCGAAUGGCUUUACCCUACCUCCAAUCCCAAGAACAGAUUCGCAGGGUGCUAAUGAUCCCCCAGAAUAAGAGCACCAUUGAGAAUAAGUCCAGUUGAACUGGUUUUUCUAUUGGUUUUCAGUGAAGUUUAGAUAAAUAGAUAUGUCAUAUCAUGUUCUCAUCUCUAUACUCCAUACCUGCGAUAGUGUUAUGAGUGUUAUGAACUGUUCUUGUAACUUAAAAUCUUGCAAAGGUCACCCUAACUGAGACUUCUCACCCCA